GGCUGUGUUCACUCGUAUCCAGUCUGUCCAGUUUUUUCUUAUCUUCCAAGAAAUACAGACAGCAGUUUGUCUUCAGGAAAGCUGUUGGAUCUGUACACUCAAAGUGGGAUUGUUGCAGAUCUUCAUUAUCUUUUGCUUGUGUGAGAAUCACUGGACUGUGGUGUUUGCAAGGAAAGGAUGAGCGGUUUUCUGUACUUCGUCCUCCCGGUUCUGGGUGGAUACACCCUCAGCUCGGUGUACCUGCUGAAGAACCCGCACAUUCUCCACAAGAAGAAACGCACGGCUUUUUACUGCACGCACAUCUCACACAGAGGAGGAUGUGGGGAGAGGAUAGAGAGCACCAUGGAGGCGUUCACACAUGCGGUGCAGCAGGGCACACAGAUGCUGGAGACGGACUGUCACUUAACCCGUGACGGACACGUGGUGGUGUCACAUGACGAGAAUCUGCUGAGGCAGACCGGCCACGACGUCACCAUCUCCUCACUCAACCUGCAGGAUUUGCCUCUGUAUAAAGAGAGACUGGAGGUGACCUUCUAUAAAGGUCGCUACAGCAGCGGUGCAGACAGGAAGUUUGCUCUGCUGGAGGACGUGUUCAGGAAGUUCCCUGAGAUGCCCGUCAGCAUUGAGAUCAAAGAGAACAACAACCAGCUGAUACAAAAGGUGUCUGACUUGGUUAAACGCUACAACAGAGAGGAGAUCACUCUCUGGGCCGGUGUGAAAUCAACCGUCAUGGAGGAAUGCCUCAGGACGAACGGCUCCAUGCCGUACAGCUUCUCUGGGGGCCGAGGUGUGCUGCUGCUGCUCCUCUUCUACAGCGGCCUGCUGCCCUUCGUCCCGCUGGGAGAGAGUCUUCUGCAGUUCUACCUGCCGUGCAUCAUCAACAGGACUUUCAUUCCCGAGAAGCACAUCCUGAGGAACAAGCUGGUCAUCUCUUUGUUGGACAAAGUAACAAUGAGGAAGAGUCUGUUUAAACACCUCGCGGCUCGUGGAAUUCAGGUGCAUUUGUUUGUGUGCAAUAAAGACGAAGACAUAAAAGCUGCAUUUGAAGUCGGGGCCACAGGAGUGAUGAGUGACUACCCGACUCUUCUGUCCAGCUACCUCUGCAGAAACAGAAGUCAGGAUUGAACCCCAACAACGCCUUCACAUCACAACAACAAUUAAUAACUCAGAAGCUUUCUGAUGACGAGGAUUGUGUAAAGAAAAGACUGUGAAAGAGAAGAAAGUGUGAGACCCAUUUCAUCCACCGGGACAAGAUGAGUCGAGGAGUUGUUCGUCUAUUAGACACCAUGCAGUGGGAACAAAACUAUCAUUCAACUCUCUAAUCUCAACCCUUCAGGUAGACCUAUCUGCUAUCAGGUCGUUUCUACGGCAACCACCCUCAGAGUGUCAAUCACAGCCCAGACUCAAUGAUUCUUCUCAGAAGCAACUAUAAUGCUACAUUUUCCCCUUUAUUAUUGCACAUUGGCCAGAGUAGAGAAAGGUUACAACUAGACGGACAAAGGUUUACAGACCAUCUUUAUGUUUAUGUUAGUUUAUGUUUUGUACGUGUGAAAGGGUGUUGUGUGUUUAUGUAUGUGUAAGAGCAACCCGAAGAAUGUGCACGUGACGAGGAGGAAAUUGAGGAAUAAAUGAAUAAACAUCUGUAAAAAUAUAAUUUAAAACAUUGUUAAAAAGUGGUAGAAAAGGACAAAUAAAAACACAACAUGCACACAUAUAGACAUAACAAUAAUCAUAAUCAUCAAAGGAAAAAAUCAUAAGAAUAAUUUCAUAAUGUAAAGCAGAAGGCUCCCCCCUAUUUCCUUCUCAUUACCUGGGGUAAAGUUUAGUUUGAACAGCUCUGACAGUGAAUUUGUAGAUAUAUAAGUUGACUGGUGCAUUAUGGGAUUUGUGGUGUUUCAGCUGCCACAUCCCAACUUGUGAUCCGUACUGGGAGGACAGAGGAUUUGGUCCAGUUUACAGAAUAAUUAGAAGUUUUUAUGAUCUUCCAACGCCAAAUUUCUCUAAUGUUGUAAAUAGAUAUUUUAAAUGAAUCUUAUCAAAAGCUUUUUUCUCUAUCAAGGAACCCUUUGGUGGUUUCUUUAUUAAACUGAGCAGCCUGCAUGUAUUACUGAAAGAGGUAAAAGGGUUUGAUCUGCAUGGAUUAUAGAAGGAAUCACCUUUUAUGGUCUGUGACUGAGACCUUUAUGAUUUUUAUCUCUGUGUUUAUGAAUGAAAUGAUUCGGUAGCCUGCUGGUGGAUUAGGGUCUUUGUAGGGUUUUUAAAGAAGUGAGAUUUUGGUGGCAUCCAUGUUUGUUGGGAGUCCGGAGUUUUGUUUCAUUUCAGUCAGUCAGUUUGUGAAAUAAUAGUGCAAUGGUUCAGAAGUGUUACUGAAGUGAAUAUUUAACCAGCUGCACCAGGUCACCUGACAAUCCCAUUUCUCAUGAUAAGAGAGAAAAUGUGACUCUGUUUUGACUUUGUCUGAUGUUAUUUCUGGCAUUAUUUGAUUUGUUUGAAGUGGGUAACUUUGAAAAAUACAUAAUUUGGGACAAAUCACUUGGGUUUAUGCUUUUAUAUAUUUUUUUGUGCUUUUUAAAAAGAACACAAACAUGCUGGAAAUUAAAGCAGAUUAAAGGUAUACUUAUUGGUUCUACAAAUGUAUCCAUAUGUGAGUAGAGUGUCUUUAAUGUAGUGUUUAAUAGAGUCACUCAUCUACUGUGCAGGCACACACAAACAGAGGGUUUAUAUGUACAGUUAGCCUCACCUGUGUCCUUGUUUUUCUCAGGCUACGGUCAAAGUCCGGCCACACCGCUGUGAUAAUAAUCAAUCACUAGUGGGGAAACAAAGGCUGCACUUUUCUGACCUGACUUGUGCUUUGCAGUGUGAGUCAAUGGAGGAUAAGUGUAUCAGUGCAGACUGAGGUAUUUAAUACAGCAAAGAGCAAAGGUUUAAAUGAUUGACCCAGAAGAGAAACAAUUCAACCAGGUCUGUAGCUACAGUUUAAGACACAUGGCAUUCACCAGUAAUAUUUAUAGCGUCGCUUAUAUAUAUAUAUAAGUGUGGUUAAGAUCCAAAUAUUACACAUGUUGGAAUUAGACAAAUAAAUCAAACCUUACAGGGAAGGAUUUCCAA